GGUCCAAAUGAAAGAUGAGAUUUUCCUGAGCCAGCUGAUGCCAUAUAGUACAGGCCACUCAUCUGGGUAUGCUUCAAGCUCACCUGAGAUUAAGCUUUUUCUGGGAGGGCUGAGCACCGCAAACUCCAGGAUCCUUUUUCCACGGAUGGGAAACGUUUGGCCUCCUUUGAGAGAGAUAAGUGCUCUUCCUCUUCUUCAUCCCCCCCCCCCCCCUUCCCCAAACUCUCUAAAGUGCAUGAGUUGUGUGCUGCUGCUGCUGCCGCUGCCUCUGAAGCCGUGUAGAAUUUCGUAAUGGAAUGCGAACUGCUCGUCCGGAUCUGGGCUCACGUUCUAUCUCCUAACCAGUAGGAGCGAAGGGAGGACAAAUCUGCUGAGCAAGGAGAAACUCUCUCCUCCUCUUUUUAUAACCCAUCAAGGAUGCAUCGCAGAACCCAGCCCCGGGCUGCGCCAGCCACCCAAGGGCUCGCGCGAUUCCGGUCCUCCGGCUCGGUCCGCGCAGAGCAAACAAAGUGGGGGCCUCCGCGCGCGCCCCCCCCCCCGCCGCCCCCUACAGACGCGCACCAAACAAACUUCCCCGGGGGCACCGGGAAAAGUUUUCCGGCCGCCUCCGCGGCGCUGCCUGACAACGACACGGGCUGGCCCCGGGAGCCCGGCGCUGCAUCCCUCAAAGAUCGGAGCGGGGCCGCGUUCCCACCCCACCCCCCAGCUCUCCGGGCCCAAAAAAAGUAACACACGCCCCGAGAGGAGUUGGCCGCGGGCUCGGGCCGCUGGUACUCACCGCGCAGCCGGGCGGGGCAGGGCAGGGGCAGGGUUCCCGGGCCGACGGACGGAGGAACUACAUCCUCCUCGCGACCCCAUCCA